AUGAAACUUAAUCCAUCAAGUCCCUCCAGGACCCAGGAAACCCCCUAUCAAUCCCCCCUUGUCCCCAUCAUGUCACCCCCUGCCCCCCCCCCCGUCAAGAUUUUUUUAACACCCCCAACAGAUUUUUUUAACCCCCCUGUCAGUUUUUGGCAAAAAGAAUUCCUAAGAAUCAAAUAUCUCAAAAAGAAAAAGCUGAUGAUAGUUAAUCAAAAUCAAAGGGGCUUGGCUAAUCAACUCCCAAACCCCCCAAACCCCCAAAAUUUCCCUGUAUUCCCUGAGUGUUGGGAGUUGAUCACCCAAACCCGUCAGCAGGUUUGGGAGUGGGAUCCCAAAAAAUCUACAUAUAACUAA